AUGUGGCGGAUGAGGACACGGCUACUCACCGGCUACCUGGUCCUGCUGGCCCUGGGCCAUCUGGCCACGGAGCACGGCGUUGUGGGCCAGAAGUACUACAUGAACUUUGCCUUCAACAACAACAAUCCGGACGCAGAGGGUGGCGGCGGUCCGGUUCCCGGUGGCGGGCCCGGUGGCCAAGAGGGUCCGCCCCAUACGGACGGGGAAGACAGUGGUACGCCAGAUGGCCCACCCGGAGAAAAUCCUGAUGCGCCAGCUGACACAAGUCGUGGGGAAAGCGGAAGCGGCGAUAGCGACGGCGAAUCCAAUGAUAAUGAUGAUAAUGAAAACUCGGACAACGACAGCAACGACAGCAACGACAGCAACGACAGCUCUGGGAAUUCCGGAAGUCAGAACGACAGCGAAGAUGAAACGAAUGAUGGUCAUGAUGAUGACAAUGAUGACAGCGACAGCAAGGAUAGCAAGGAUCGGCGCAUAAAGGCGGAGGAAAGCGAGCGGAGCCAGGAGGGAAAUAAUCGAGGCGAUCACAGCCAUCACAGUAGCUACGAGAUCAGCAUCGACGACAGUUUCGGCGGGCGGUACGUGCGGUCCAUUUACGAGAGCAGCGAGAGCCACGGCCACUCCGGCAGCAAGGCGGGCUCCAAUCAGCGGGACAGUGGACCCGGACCCCAAGAUAGCAGCGCGGAGGAGGUACCUAGUAAUACGGCGGAUCCUAGAGCUCCAGACGAUGACUACGAGGAAAUGUAACACCACCACCGUUGGAGAGCCAGCAAGAGAGGUCCGUUUGAAGAACUUUUGGAAGACGCGCAGCCACUUCAAUUCAGUUAAUCACCUAAAUGCCAAUAAAAUUUAAAUACCAA